GCUAUAGCUGUGCUGUGGGUGAGACUGAGGUGCAGACAACAGUUCUUGUUACUGUCAUCACGUCGUCUGUGCGUAAGAACACUUCUAAAAGGACUCAAAUGAGUGAACAAAUCGACGACUCUCCGGUGACAUUUCCAUAUAUUGUCACUGAUCUAGAGGAAUGAAUGCUAAUGUCUACUAGGAUGGAGCUUUCUCGAAGACAACGCCUCAGGAAACUGCAGGCACUCAACUAAAAGAACUGCGUGUUUGUAGCUCAUGAAGAAAACUUGCGACUGUAUUAAACAUUGAAAUGAUGUUCAGAGUCAAAGAGGAAGAACUGUUAUUAACGUAGAUGAGAAGAGAAAAGCUUUGUAAUUUACACCAGUCAUUCCUCAGUAUGUAGCCCUUCAUGAUCUCUGUGAGAUGGAUAAGUUUGAGAAACUGGCUAAGAUCGGCGAGGGCUCGUAUGGAGUUGUGUUCAAAUGCAGACACAGGGACACAGGUCAGAUAGUGGCCAUUAAAAAAUUUGUAGAGUCUGAAGAUGAUCCAGUCAUCAAGAAGAUCGCAUUGAGAGAAAUCCGCAUGCUGAAGCAGUUGAAGCAUGUGAAUUUGGUGAAUUUGCUUGAGGUCUUCAGGAGAAAGAGACGCCUUCAUUUGGUCUUCGAGUUCUGUGAGCAAACGGUUCUAAAUGAACUGGACAAGCACCCCAGAGGGGUUCCUGAGGCACAACUUAAGAGUAUUGUGUGGCAAACUCUACAAGCUGUGAACUUCUGUCACAAACACAAUUGUAUCCACCGGGACGUAAAACCGGAGAACAUUCUUCUGACCAAGACUGGUGUGAUCAAACUAUGUGAUUUUGGCUUUGCUCGCAUCCUCACUGGUCCAGGUGAUGAUUACACUGAUUAUGUGGCAACACGAUGGUACCGGGCCCCAGAGCUCUUGGUCGGAGACACUCAGUACGGUCCCCCAGUUGAUGUCUGGGCCCUUGGUUGUGUCUUUGCUGAACUGCUGUCUGGAAAUCCUCUUUGGCCAGGACGUUCUGACGUGGAUCAGUUGCACCUCAUUCGACAAACGCUGGGUGACUUGAUCCCACGUCAUCAGCAGGUGUUCCGGUCCAAUGUCUUCUUUAGCGGAGUCAGCAUCCCCGAGCCUGAUACCAUGGAGCCGCUAGAGAAGAGGUUUCAUGAUGUUUCUCCUCAUGCUAUUACUGUGAUGAAGUCCUGCCUAGUAAUGGAUCCCUCUGGCAGGUUGUCCUGUGAAGAGCUUUUAGAGCUGCCAUACUUCCAGGAGGAUGGGGGAACGGGAUGGGGCAGAGAAAAUGAUCGUCUCGGAAGACGCUAUGAGAAAGGCAUAAGACGCAGACCUCCUGGGCCUCAAUACUUUCCCCAGCUGACCAACAGUAACACCUCACCAGCACCUGAACUGAAGAGUAAACACAGGCACAAACACGACCAUCACCUACCCAACAUCUGACCCGGGAUUGUUGCAAAUGUGUUUGAUAGGGCAAAUGUGUUUUCAGUGGGACGACUUGAUGCAUUUAUAGCAGAGAAGUAUAGCUAUUUUAACACAUACUGUAUUAAAGUUAUAGUCCUGGAAUCUGA